AUGCGCCUUUUAUCUGCUGCAGUGGCAGCAUUCACUUCGCUAUCACUUACUGGGCAUGCUUAUGGAUAUUUGAUCGACCCUGACUCCUGCAAAGGCGACGACUAUACACUAGUGAAGAGCAUGGUUGAACAGGCUUUCACUAUGGUCAAUAUCGCGAUGGUUGAGGUCAACGCCCAACCUAUGAAUAAAGACGCCACUUGGCUCAUGAAACAGCUAUUCAACACCGAAGGAAGUGCUGCUCAGGCUAUGGUCAACCAGGUCUUUCAGGCGAAACCGCCAAAUAACAAAGGCCAACGAACUGGUAUCCUCGUCUUUGAAAAAGAGACGACGACUGCGAACCUUGAUACCUUGGACCAAAACGAGGUCGUCAUCUUCUGUGAUACGACCCGCCUCGAGCGAAGGGUUAAUGAUCUCGUGCAUUACUACGACAAAAAAGUCAAACAGGCAGUUGGGAAGUCAAAUGGCUGCAGUACUGGUGCCUUUAUGUAUACGCAACAAUUCGUCAAUAAAUGGGAUAUCAUCCAGGUGUGCCCGUGGUUCCUUGAGUACGCACACUCAAAGAAAUACGCGACCAAAGCAGACCUCUCAUCGCUACGUGCUAAAAUGGCGGUCCAUGGUCUGGACAAGUUGAUCACCGACAAAUUCUACACGCCUAUUGACUUGAUGAGUCUGUGGGACAAGUGCAUGCUGCACGAGAUGAUGCACACAAAACCGGGCGGGUCUAAGCAGGAUGUUGGUGGAGUUAGCGGUUACGGCUGGAAGAACUGCAAAGGCCUUGGUCAGAGUGGCACGGGCGUGAACAAUGCUGAUUCAUGGGCACUAUUUGGAAGUGCACUCUACCAGUUCUCCUUGGGAAGCCCUAUUGACGAGAACGGUGAUUUCAGUAAAACAGCAAUUCAAACCCGAAGCAACAGCAAGCGAAGGCUCGGUUCGGGUCCAGGCAGGGCAAGAGAUAUAAUAAAGUUAGACACUGUCAAGAAUUUUGUAUAA